AUGAAGACCGAGACGGCCUCUCUCCUGCUCCUCGCCGCCCUCAGCGUGGCCGAGGAGCUGACGCCAAAUGAUGUUCCGCUCGCCUGUGCCAACAUGUGCGGUCCAAUCGUUGAGCUGAGCUUCAAGUGCGAUGUCGAUGGCACCGAUGACCUGCGAAAGUUGAAGAGGCGGAAGAUAUCCAGCCUGCAGCGGCAGCAGCAACAACAACAAUCAGCACCGAGGGCCAAGCGUCAGGCCGAUCCAGAACCGCAAGCACCAGCACCAGUUCCCAGUUCAACAAACAAUCAACAAGCAGCCGAUGUCAUCUUCAUCCCCGGUUCCAUCGGCAAGUUCAAGACAAUACCGACGCCCUUACCACCAGCCGACACAGGCGUCCCCUCGAUGGCCGUCACGCCCGCCGCUCCGGCACCAACACCACCAGUCCUCGAUCUGCGACCAACAACGACGCCGACGAACCUCAAUCCCAACCUACCCAUCCUUGCGACGCCAAUUCUUCCCUCGGGGCCAGCCUCGACGCCCCUCGCAACGACUUCGUCCACGCAAGUGCCGCUGCCCGUUGGCAAUGACGCAGACGCCGGCGACGGCGCGGACGCCGGCCCCGCCCCCAGCAACAGCCUCAAUGGAGACGUCGGCGACAUGGUCGACGACGCGGGCAACCUAUGGCCCGGGCAGAAGGGGCGCCAAGCGGCAAGCGACCUCGAGACGGCGUGCAUUUGCAGCAACACGAGCUUCAACGUGCGGCGUGUUGCCGGCUUGUGCGGGGACUGUCUGCAGCAGGUCUCUGGCGAUCAGGGGCCGAUGAGGGCGAUUCUGUCAUCGUGCAAUUUCACGACGGAGCGGUAUGAGCCGGAGAAGGAAUCGCUCGUCGCCAACGUCAGGGUCGAGGCGACGAAACCGAGCUUCACGCAGACUGCGGCGGCGGCCUAUUCGUGGCGCGUCUCGGGUCCGAUGUGGGCCGUCGUCGUUGGAGCGGGCAUGGUGCUCGGGAUGGCUUGGUGA